UGAUUUUAUACUUUAUCCAUUGAGUCAGUCUUUCGUUGCACAUGAUGUAGGGAUUCAUCAACGUGACGUACGAUUUAUUGGGAGAUGGCUAAUCUCGCGAGAUUGGCCAUAUACUCCAGACCAGAUGGACUAGACCGAGACGGCAGCAGGAUCAGUGAUCUCAGUUUGCAUUUCAUUAACGGCAGACAACGGUGCUCGAUCUAUGCUGCACAGUUACCGUUAUAUGUAUUGAGACGACACAAAAAAACGACGUUGUCGUGAGUACGCUAUAUUUUCCCGUGGACCGCUACAUUUAGGCGGAGACGUAGCCUUGCGAGUGUUGAAAGUAGUUUACGCAUAACUCCUUGCUAGAAAAUAGAGAAAUACAACAAAGGACUUCGAAAUAGUAUAGAUUUAUUUUUCUGGAAAAAAAACAACAUUGAUGUUCCGAGGAUCCUUUACCUUUUUUGAAACGGCCACUUCAGAGCCAGAUGCCAAUGAGCACGAUCAGCGAUCCUCGCCACCUUUGCUGGGAAAGUGCCAACUGCUCGGGCCAUGGUGGGCUGUUUGAAGAAUACCACAAGGAACUUUAAAGGGAUCUCGCACCCACUCCAGUAUUUAGGGGUCGUUUCAAAUGCACAGGCCAAUUUGGCCUGCGGCGAUUAUUUCUAUAUCCACGGCGAUGGCAGCGGAGAAAGGACCCGAUAUAAACAGUGUGUCUGUGUAAGCCUGCCACUGAACAUGCCAUAUCCCUUCUCCCACUGGAGGGGUGCGAUAUAGACAAUAGGACAGGCUGUCGAGUUUAUCUCGCGCAGGGUCUAUUUUUACUCACGCAUUGGCUAUGGAUAAACUCACCAUCAUAUCAGGAUGUCUUUUCCUAGCUGCAGACAUUUUUGCGAUCGCGAGCAUUGUCAACCCGGACUGGAUCAACACCGGAGAAUCCAGCGGUAAGUUAGGCUCCCUCACGGUGGGCCUGGUGCGUCAGUGCCAGACCAUCCACGGACGGGAGCGGACCUGCAUCCCGCCGCGGCUUCCCCCCGAGUGGGUGACCACGCUGUUCUUCAUCGUCAUGGGCAUCAUCUCCCUCACGGUCACCUGCGGCCUGCUGGUGAUGUCCCACUGGCACCGGGAGGCCACGCGCUAUGCCCGCUGGAUCGCCUUCACCGGGAUGGUUCUGUUCUGCAUGGCGGCGCUGAUCUUCCCCAUCGGGUUCUACAUCAGCGAGGUCGGAGGUCAGCCCUACAAGCUCCCCAACAACACCGUGGUGGGCUCCUCCUACGUGCUCUUUGUGCUCUCCAUAUUUUUUACCAUCGUGGGACUACUGUUCGCCGGCAAAGUCUGCCUGCCGGGCUGAAACCUCAGACCCCGUUUUGUCUGCGAACGGCCGAGGAGACAUUGCCGCGAAACAGAACGGGACCCCCGCGCGGUUUCAGUUGUGGAAGAGAGAACUUUGGAAAACUCGAGGAUGCAACUUGGAAAAAUUGUUUUGCCGAUUUCUUUGUCGAUAUUUAUGUUGUAGGGACGUAGCUAGCCUCCAGGACGACGUAGUUGCGUGACUGCGUCGUACCAAAAUGUCCCUCCUUCCUCAGACUUGUGAGGUCACCAAAUGCAAACCGGGACCACCGGAGGAGGCGUCUUUCAUCCCAGUGUUCUCGUGUAUUCUUUGCUUGGCGGAGGCGUCAGAAUAUCAAGCUAAGACGCCAGCGGCUAGCAGCCAGGAAAGGUCAGAGGUCAUGUUUGACGAUGAAUGUUUUGCGGGAUAAGGAGCCGGUCUCUUAUGUUGUUGUUUUGUUAUAAAACAAUAAAAAUAACAGAUCACCCCUUAAACAGAAUGUUACAGUUUGUAUUGUUUGUUUCAGCAUUCUACUUCAGCCGUCAUCUGUACAAACUAAAACAGACCAUUUGUUGUUAUGUUAUAUUUCUGGAAGCACUGUGAUACUCAUUAAUGAUUUUGAAAAUGUCAUUAAAAAUAACCCACGGAAACCGCCA